AUGAUUGGCGAUCAGUUGUGGGGUGCUGUUGAAGGCUAUUCGGCAGCAAGAAUCAAUCAUGAGCACGGAAUAGUGCGUGACGAUAUCGAAGCACUCCAUAUGGGCAUUCCAGAAUUGGGACCUCGAAACGCGGCUAUCCAGAUUCUGCU